CUCUCUCUUUAUUGUCUUUUAUCUUUUAUUUUUCUUUUUGUUUCUCUUUUUAUUUGCCUUUUAGAAGUGACUGAAUCCCUUAGAGUUUUGUUUAGUGAUUGGGUUUCCUUUUGAGUAUAAAGCUUGAUGAUGUGCUUUGGGUUUGAAAAAUUGGGGCUUUUGGGUACAGCCGAAUGUGUUUUGAUUAAGUCUCUGCCUGUAGUUGUUGUGUGGUGUUGUCUUUGACAUCAGUCCAAAAAUUAUGUUGCUUGGUCAUGAACUCAUGAUGUAUGCUAAAAAUCAUUAUGAAAUUUCUCCCUUUUUUUUCCUAAUUUUUUUAGGUAUCUGUUCUUUUUCUAAAUUUGGAUUGACUAUGCAGAUGGGUAUUUUGCUGGUGGAUAAUAUAUUUUGUUUCUUGUAGUUCAUUUUAAAGAUAUAAACUGUGGCUCUUGAUAGGUAAUGAGGUACAGUGUUUGUGAGCUUAGAAUUCUUGAUUUGUUAUGCACAACUGGUUUUCUAAGCUAUAUUGCACUCUUAUUUGCUUAUCAAAAAGUUUUUUCCCUCUUUUCUUGAUUUCUUUUAGCUUGAAGGUUUUAUUAUGUCUUUUCCAACUAGUGGUAUAUGUUGAUUUAGUGCUGACAUCUAGAGAUUUCUAUUUAUGCAGGUGUUAGAAGUUGACAGUAAGAAUGUAAAAGCUCUGUACAGGAGAGCACAAGCAUACAUACAACUUGUUGAUUUGGAUCUGGCAGAACAGGAUAUCAAAAAGGCUCUUGAGAUAGACCCAGACAACAGGGAUGUGAAGCUGGAGUCCAAGAUUUUGAAGGAGAAAGUGAGAGAGUAUGACAAGAAGGAUGCCCAGUUUUAUGGCAGCAUCUUUGCAAAGAUGAACAAAUUAGAGCAAGCAAGAUCAGCAAAUACACCGCAAAAGCAGGAGCCAGUGCCAAUGAUAAUUGACAGCAAGGUCUAAACAGCUACAGUUAAGAAUUGAGGUUGUGGUUUUUUUUUUUUUUUUUUUUUUUUGAGAAACAAUUGAGGUUGUGUUAGAUUCAGUGAACAGUUAUGGAAUGUAGAUUAGUGGAGUGGUACCAAAUUAACCAGUGAUAUGUAUUAUCCUUCUAAUAAAAGUGGUCAUUGUAUGCU